ACUCACAAUAUUACCAGUAGAGGUGAUUUUAAACAGAUCUAUGCAGACCUUCACAGUGAAAACUACAGGAAAGCUACCAUAGCUAUUAUAUACCUGCAUUUUCACUUGUAGAUCAGCGCUUAACAUGGAUUGCUCUACCUCGAUUUCAUUUGAUGAAAUGGGAGACCUGCGGUGCAGUGAUUUCGAUCUGCCUCUGUUCACAUCAGAGAGUUUGGUCCGAGUGUUCAUGUUUCAUUUCUCAAACAUGAAAAAAACUCAAUGGGAGUCGAUGAAAGACGGCAUAAUUGAUGCUGACACAUUCGUACGGCUGUUCAGCCUAUGUCAAGAUCUUGUGGAGACAGUCCACACCCACAUCGUGGAUUCUGUGGCACCUCACAUUCGCAACCCGGCUGGGGAUUGCAGUGCCAACAAAUCUGUCACAAUGAACGAGAUUGGAUCUUGUAACUAUCACACAGUGACAGAGGAGGAUGUCGAAGCCAGCCUUGGAAAUUCACUUUACCAGUGUCUUGGAGAAGUGGUAGGAGUUGUAGAGGAGAAGUCAAAAUACUCUGAAGAACUGCUGCAGCUGGUUGCAGAAGAUGUGGCUGAGAGGGUCAACUGCACACUGGCUUUUACCAGGCAGACAGCCCCUUUCCAAGGAUUAGAUAUGAUUUCCAAAGUUGUCAAAAUACUGACCAGAUGCCUCUUAAAGAAGGACCAACAUCAGGUCCACCUUGAGAAACCAGACAAUGCGUUCGGUACACAGUAUUUAGACGGCAGGUCCACGGAACCGUUCAGCUCACCGGAACCAGACGACGAGACCAUGUUUGAGGAGUUUGGCACAGAAAAACCAGCCAACGCCUUCAGUACACAGUACUUAGACGGCAGGUCCACGGACAGCUCCAUGUUUGAGAAGAUCAGUUUACUGGAUUUCGACGAUGAGUCCAUGGUUGAGUUCGGCACAGAGGAACCUGACAACAAGCUCAUGUUUGAGGAGUUCAACACAGAGGAACCUGAAUACGAGCUCAUAUUUGAGGAGUUCAGUUCAGAGGAUUCCGACGGCGAGUCCAUGGUUGAGUUCAGCACAGAGGAACCUGACAACGAGCUCAUGGUUGAGGAGUUUGGCACAGAAAAGCCAACCAACGAGCCCAAGGUUGAUGAGUUCAACACAGAGGAACCUGAAUACGAGCUCAUAUUUGAGGAGUUCAGUUCAGAGGAUUCCGACGGCGAGUCCAUGGUUGAGUUCAGCACAGAGGAACCUGACAACAAGCUCAUGGUUGAGGAGUUUGGCACAGAAAAGCCAACCAACGAGCCCAAGGUUGAGGAGUUCAUCACAAAGGAACCUGAGAAUGAUCUCAUGGUUCAGGACUUCAGUUCAGAUGAUUUCGACCUCGAGUCCACGGAUGAGUUCACCAAAGAGGAACCUGGCAACGAUCUCAUGGUUGAGAAGUUUGGCGUAAAAAAAACAACCAACGAGCCCAAGGUUGAGGUGUUGAUCACAAGGGAACCUGAGAACGAUCUCGUGCUUGAGGACUUCAGUUCCCUUGAUUUUGACGUUGAGUCCAUGGUUGAGUUCUGCACAGAGGAACCAGACAUCAAGACCAUGGUUGAGGAGUUCAGCUCAAAGGGAAGCAUAGACUCUUCUCUACCUUCUACUCAAACUCAGGAGUUUGGAUCUGCAAAGCUGGAGGAGACUAUACAAAAAUCCCCCAGCUUUGUUAAAAAAGUGAGGACGUUUUUCAGAAGAAAAAGUAAAGUAACUCCAGUCUGUGAUGUCGCCCUCCUGGAGAAGAAACAGAAAUGCUCAGCCGUCAUUGGGAUGUUCGGUUCCGUGGCCAGGAUUCUAAGGAAGCCCUUCACCAGCUGCAUCAGCUGUGGAUCACGGGACGACUAGCUCACGCAGGCAUCCAACAUUCAAGCUUUCCUCAAUAUGUUUUCUUUUGCCUUCUCUUGAAAAACAAUCCCUGGUUUUCUGCCAUGGGUUAGUGACAUGGGUUGUUUUUCCAAGAUGACACUAUCAAAAAGGACGUGCUAGUUUGGAGUUUGGUAAAUUACAGUCUGGAGUGAUCAUUUCACAAAGUGAUUUUGUCAAAAAACUCUUUUCUGUUCUAAAAUGGCCACUGGGCUGAUCAUUCUAUGUGAUUAUGAAGAAGAUCGCCCAACUCUAACACAAGCACAUCCUUUUUAAGAGGGAAGGCAGCACGAUGGCUCAGUGAUUGAGCAAGUGUUGGCAUGUUCUCCACGAUGGCUCAGUGAUUGAGCAAGUGUUGGCA